UUUUUUUUUUUUUCAGGGAAUCUAUGAAUGCAAAUAUUGUGUCUGUACAUGGCUUGCUAGGAGGACCAUUUAAAACCUGGAGACAACAAGAUCGUAAAGGACCAGGGGCAGAUAAAUUUUCAGAUGGUACAGAGAGUGUUAAAAAAGGAACCUAUACAUUCUGCUGGCCCAAGUUUCCAUUUUAUUUUAGGUCUGAAAAGUACGCUUUUAUUGAAAAACGCCCAUGGGAUGGACAUUCCAUGGGAGGCUUACUUAUCAAACAGAUUCUGUCCAUUGCUGAUGAUACUCCAGGCCUUGACAAUAUAUUGAAUAUUACAGUGGGUGUGUUGUUUUACAGUACUCCCCAUAGGGGCUCCAGCCUGGCUCACCUGUCUAAUCAGGCCAGUCUUAUUGUAGCACCUACUGUGGAAGUCAAAGAAAUGGGUAGAGAUUCACCAAUGUUAAGAAGAUUGCAUAAGGAUUUCCAACAGCUUGUUAUGGAACAUGGAAUUCCCUGCCUAAGUUUUGGAGAAUUAGAGAAAACCCAAAUAAGGACACCGAAACUGAAAAUGCUCAUAGUACCACCAGAAUCAAGUGAUCCUGGUAUUGGAGAAUUCCAUGCUAUGAAAACAAGUCAUCUGAACAUAUGUAAACCUUGGGAUAAAGAUUCAGAACUUUACACAGAAACACUUAAAUUUAUACGACGAUGUCUACUUCAGGGCAGGAUAGAAAACAUUCUUAAAGCUGGAAUGACAUUCAAAGACCCUGAUAAAUAACAGUGUAGACAGACAACACCAUAGAUAACAGUGUAGACAGACAAAAACAAUCGUUGUGCAAUUCAUUCAUCAUAUCUUAUUCCUGAUUCAUUAGUUCAUACCUAAUCCUUGGUUUUAACAUACUAAAGGUGUUUAAUUAUCUAGUUGGAGAUGUUAGAAAGAUUUGUUGUUUUAUUUAAUAAAGGGCAUUGACUUGA